AUGCUUCAAGGACAAGUUCCGAGAUCUUUGUCUAACUGCGAUGAAUUGGAAGUGUUAGAUAUUGGGGACAACCAGUUCAAUGGUACCUUCCCAUAUUGGUUGGAGAAUCUCUCUGAAUUGCGUGUUCUUGUCAUGAGAUCCAAUAACUUUGGUGGUCACAUUGGACAACUCUCUCAUGUGGAUUCCCCCUUCCCAAACCGACAUGUCUUUGACAUUUCUUUCAAUGCUUUUAGGGGGAAGUUACCAUUGCGAUAUAUUCUUCAUUCGAAGGCGAUGAUGAUUGCAGAGAACAAUUCAGAUUUGAGUUACCUCAGUUUCCAAGCAAAGACUUCUGGCUACUACUAUCAAGACACAGUUGCUAUUGCGUACAAGGGACUAUACUUGGAAAUGCCGGGAAUUUUAAACACCCUCGUCACCAUUGAUUUAUCCAACAACAAUUUCCAAGGAAAGAUUCCAGAAGCUUUGGGCAAUUUGAAAGCACUUAGAGUACUCAACUUGUCAAGAAAUAGCCUCACCGGUCAAAUUCCAUUUUCAUUGGGGAAUUUAAGUGAACUCGAGUCGUUUGAUGUUUCAAGAAACAAACUUUCAGGAGAAAUCCCAAGGCAAUUAAUAAGUUUGACCUUCCUUUCAGUCUUGAAUUUAUCAUAUAAUAACCUCAUAGGAAGUAUACCACAAAGAAGCCAAUUUGACACGUUUUCAAAUGCUACCUAUGAGGGAAAUGCAGGACUAUGCGGGUUGCCUUUGUCAAGGAAGUGUGAAAUACCCGAUGGAGACUUACCUCCAACAUCAACAUUCCAACAAAAUGAAGAUUCAACACAUCUAUUUGAUUUGAAAUUUGCCGUAGUUGGAUAUUGCUCUGGUUUAAUAGUUGGGUUGAUCAUUGGACAACAAUUGUUUUGGAGAGGACGAAUUCCGCCACAGAUAUCACAACUUACGGAGUUGGUUUCUCUUGAUCUUUCGUCCAACCAUUUUGAGGGCCAAAUCCCAUCUGAAAUCUCACUACUGCUGACCAAGCUGGUUUUCCUUGACCUCUCUGAGAACUCCGAUCUUGAAAUCCCUAAUUUGAGAGCAUUAUUAUUUGUUCAUCAUCAAAAUCUAUCAUCAUCUAGCUUAAGAGAAUUGCAUCUUGAUGGGGUGAACUUGUCAGCUCCAAAAAAUAGGGAUUGGUGUCAUCACUUAUCGUCCGCACUCCCUAACCUUCGUGUGUUGUCAAUGAUUGAUUGUUCACUUACAGGCCCCUUGGAUGCAUCCAUCUCAAGCCUUCGUUUACUCUCAGAGCUCUACCUUGACUUGAACCAAGAUCUCACUUCCACAGUACCAAGUUCUUUGGCGAACCUCACUUCUUUGACUGUCCUUAGUCUUUACCAUUGUGGAUUCCAUGGAGAUUUUCCGAGCAAUGUUUUCCUUCAACCCAACCUGACGUUGAUUCACUUAUCUCGUAAUCCUCUUCUCUCAGUUCAGUUGCCCGAAUUCCCUGAAGUCAACAACAAUUCUCUUCAAUUUCUGGGUGCUAGCGGCACGAAUUUCUUAACUGGUGGUAAGUUUCCAAGUUCAGUUGGGAAUCUCAAGUUUUUGAAGAUACUGUAUCUCAAUGAUUGCAACUUCUCUGGACCAAUCCCACCUUCUCUUGAAAACCUUACCCAUCUUACUGAAUUGGAAUUAGUUGGUAAUAGGAUUCAUGGUUCAAUACCCAAAUGGAUAUGGCAAAAGAAUUUGUCAGUACUGCACCUUUCUGAAAACUCGUUGACUGGUCUGGAAUUGCCAUUACCUAUUAAUAAUCACUCCUUUGUCCUUGAUGUACUUCUUCUUGACUCAAACAUGAUACAAGAAGAGUGUAUCUCCACAACUUCAUGCUUUACCCCCCAAACAUUCAAUGAAUCGAACAACAGUGAGUUUGUGUCACCUAUCUUAGGGAAUCUCACAUCUCUUCUCUCCAAAGCCAGUAUCUUUACAAUUUCUGAUAAUUAUUUAACUGGCAAAAUCCCUUUAUCAAUCUGCAAUGCAACUACUCUAGAAGAUGUGGUUUUGUCCAAUAACCAACUGAGUGGCACCAUCCCAACAUGCCUCAGCAGUAGCAACUUAGGGGUACUACAGUUCACGAACAACAAAUUAGCUGGAAAUAUCCCUAUUUCAAUUUGCAAUGCAAGUAAUUUGGAUAUUUUGGAUUUCUCCAAUAACCUAUUGAGUGGCACCAUCCCAGCAUGCCUCAGCAGUAGUAACUUAUUGGGGGACAAGUUCCAAGAUCAAUGGCUAACUGCGAGGAAUUGGAGGUGUUAG